UUGGAGCCCGCAGGAGCGCAGGGAGCACGUCACUUCCUGCCCUGCCRGGCCCGCCCACCUGCGCUAUGACGGCCAGCGCUGAGCCGCCUGGGCGGCGGMGGCCCGGGGUAGGGGUCGGAGUGGUGGUGACGAGCUGCGAGCAUCCUCGUUGCGUCCUCCUGGGGAAGAGGAAAGGGUCGUUUGGAGACGGCAGCUUUCAGCUUCCAGGGGGUCAUUUGGAAUUCGGUGAGACCUGGGAAGAAUGUGCUCAAAGGGAAACCUGGGAAGAAGCAGCUCUUCGCCUGAAAAAUGUCCACUUUGCCUCAGUGGUGAAUUCUUUCAUUGAGAAAGAGAAUUACCAUUAUGUCACUAUAUUAAUGAAAGGAGAAGUAGAUUUGACUCAUGGUUCAGAACCAAAGAAUGUAGAACCUGAAAAAAAUGAAAGUUGGGAAUGGGUUCCAUGGGAAGAAUUUCCUCCAGUAGACCAACUUUUCUGGGCCCUCCGUUGUUUAAAGAAGCAAGGCUAUGAUCCAUUUAAAGAAGAUUUGAACCAUCUGGUAGGAUACAAGGGAAAUAAUCUCUAGGUGCCAAGAAGACUCCUUGAUUUUAUUUUUUAAAAGACAAAAAUAAGGUCUAGUUAGGGAAUGAGGAUACAAGGGAAAUAAUCUCUAGGUGCCAAGAAAACUCCUUGAUUUUAUUUUUUAAGACAAAAAUAAGGUCUAGUUAGGGAAUGUAAAAUACAUACAUUUCAGAACAACUUCAUUUUAUCUAAAAAUGUUCCAUAAGAUUGCCAGUUUAUUUGCAUUCUCUUAAAUAUCUGCUUGGGAAGAUCUUUCUGAAAUAGGUCAUUGUAGUGUAUUUCAGACACAGAAUGUAGGAUAAAUAGGGAUAUUGUGGUUAAUCUGCUUUCCAUAUUUAUCUGUGAUAUUUCCUGUGGUUUGUCAUUACAGUUUGCAUGGUAUAAUUACAAUGGAACUUACCUUAUAAGUGUUUCAGUUCAAAUUCAGAUAUAAUUUAAAUUCAAACAGUAUAUCUAUAGCAGGAUUUAUUAUGUUUGUUGAUUUCUCUUUUUCAUUAAAAAACCUUUUUUUGGUACUAGAUUGUGACAACUUUGUAACUAAAGAGAACAGGAUAGGCCAAUAAGGCAUAUUUCCCAGGUUCCUGAUUGAGAACCUAAACUAAGAGAAGUGAGACAAACCAUCUAAGAUCUGUACCCUGCCAUUAACAUGCAUGUUGUUGUGAGUGUGUCACUUCCUCUGCUGAGAUCCAGUAGGCUUAUAUGUAAAGUGAGAGUACUUUAGGGCAGUGGCUCUUAAACUGUGGUCUAGGUGGGUCCUCAAGAACCUUUCAGRGUAUUCAAAGCCAAAGCUAUUAUUAUAAUACUAAGAUAUCAUUUAACUUUUUCACUCUCAUUCCUUUAUGAGCUUACAGUGGAGUCUUGCAUAGUCUGCUUGAUGUGUGAUAUGGUUACAGACUACGUGUUAAAGCAGAUAUAAGAAUCCUGCUUUUUAAUAUGAAGUCAGAUAUUAAAGGUAUUUGCAAAAAUGUAUGACACUGUACUUACUAAUGAUUUUUUUGUUUUAGAAAAAGUUAUCUUUCAAAAAAUUAUGUUAACAUAUAUUAGGUUUUUAU